AUGUCAGAGACGCUGGCGAUCAGAUACACGACACGCGUGACCGACGAGUCGUUCUCCUGUCCGAAAACGUUACAACUCGAUGAAACGAUCCCAUUACCCGGGUCUAGACGAACCAUUUUUGAUUUUGAAUCUAUCAAUCACUCAAUCACCCCCUUCGAAGAUGCAUCACCACCCGUCAUCAUAAUCGGCAGCAGUAUGGUAGGAAUGUUCAUGGGUGUUCUCCUUGGCUAUCACGGCAUCCACUCCAUAUCUUUCGACCGCCACCCUUCUACAGCGAUUCAUCCCCGAGCUGCUCUCUUCCUCCUCCGUACGUCAGAAGUGCUGCGUCAACUUGGUCUGGAAGACCUCUUCAUCUCCGAAAGCGAAAAGAACUUCGACCUUGAUGCUGGAAUGUUGGUGGUGGAGAAACUCUACCAAGGCAAAACUAUCGCUGCGUGUCAGGAAAGCGACCCCAAGGAAGUUGCCAAAGUCACUCCUAGUAAGAGGUUAUGGCUCACACAAGAUAUGUUCGAACCACUUCUCCGCAACAACGCCGCUACUUUCGGUGCGCAACAGAAGUUCGGUCAAGUAGUCGAGUGGUAUGAAGAAGUGGAUGGUGGUGUAAUCGUCAUCGUUCGCGAUACCCACACGCAAGAGGUCAAGAAGUACAAAACCAAAUACCUCAUCGCUGCUGAUGGGAAUAGAAGUGCCACCAGACGCAAAGAGAAUAUCCAAUGGCAUGGUCCUGGAAAUCUUGCCAAUAGCAUCUCUAUCAACUUUAAAGCUGAUCUGGUCCCUUAUCUCGGCACUAGAGCGGUUCAUGGUGUCACUUACAUCAUGAACGCAGACUUCACUGGAGGCUUCCGUCUGAUAGCUGGAGGGAAAGGCGGCUUUUUGAUUGUUUCCAAGGCUAAAGGCAGAGAGACUGGCUUUGAACCGGACUCAGUUUUUGAGAAAGAGGCGAGGGAGAUGUUUGAAGCUUGUUCGGGGAUUGAUGCGGAAGAGUGUGGAUUUGAGGUGGACUUUAUCUCGUACUGGACAGUGGCUGCAUACAAUGCAGAUGAGUACGCCAGUAAAGGCGGCAAAGUGUUUAUCAUGGGCGAUGCAGCGCAUGUUAUGCCGCCGACCGCUGAUCUCAAUAUAGGUGGUAUGGGCGGCAAUACUGGCGUUGCAGACGCCUGCGAUUUAGCUUGGAAGAUGGCAUAUGUCCUGAGCAACAAAGCCUCGCCCCAUCUCCUCAAAACCUACAACCAAGAGCGCCAACCAGCGGGAGACUUUAGCAUGCACCAAGCUUUCUCCAGACUGGUCAACAGAGUAUUUCACGGCAAAGGCCUUGAAUGCGAGAAAGAGUUGCCGGACUUGGUUUGCGAACUGGGAUAUCGAUACACCAGUGGCGCUAUGGUGCCGAGCGACGAAAACGACAUGGAGAGAUCCCAUGAGGACCCACAUGAUCCAUACGUACUGCCAGGUGGCAGACUGCCGCAUGUCUGGUUGAUUGAUGUAGAUGGCGAGAAGCUGUCGAGUCUGGAUCUUGUCAAGAGAAAUUUCGUGCUGUUCACGACAGAUGUUGGUUCACCAUGGCUUCAGGCUAGUGAAAAGCAGAGUAUUGCAAUUGAUGCAUACCCCAUCAACUCAUCAUCACAGCCUUAUCUCGAUGUCGAAGACUCGACAAAGAAAGUCUGGAAGAUGGAAGACGGAGAGGCGUUGUUGGUUCGGCCAGAUGGUAUAAUUGCGUGGAAAGCACCUAGGAUGACCAGUGGACAUGAUGAACAACUCGCUGAAGCUCUGAGAAUCGUGUUGCAUGGCUGA